GAGUGUGGAGCAACUGUAGGGGCAAACCCGUACAAUUUCUCAGAAGAUAUUUUUCUAUAAAUUUAGGCUCUUCCUUAUCUCUUGUCGUCUUCUUGCCGAGAAAAAAAAAAAUUAAAAGAGCCUCGAAAAAUUCACAGACUUGUCUCCCCUCUCCCUCUCUUUCUCACUCUUCAGUAGCUUCUGAAAAUUUCACAGCCCUAAACAAACAAAAAUGAGCAAGUUCUGGACUUUCCUCACCGCUCUUCACUCAGGCGCUGGUCCUCUGGUGAUGUUGGUGUAUCCAUUGUACGCAUCGGUGGUGGCAAUGGAGAGCACAACCAAAGUAGACGAUGAGCAGUGGCUUGCCUACUGGAUCAUUUACUCCUUCCUCACCCUCACUGAGCUGAUUCUGCAGUCGCUUCUUGAGUGGAUCCCGAUCUGGUACUCGGUGAAACUGGUGUUUGUAGCUUGGUUGGUUCUGCCUCAGUUCCAUGGUGCAGCUUUCAUCUACAACCGUGUGGUGAGAGAACAGUUCAAGAAACACGGCUUCUUCGGCUCCUCCUUUCACACCAAACACUCCAAACCCAACAUCAUCCACUCCAUUUUCCACCGGGAGGGACACGAGGCUCACUCUCACUGACGCCAAAGCAGAGGAGAAGCACGAAUAGCAUUGUAGUGGAGUUGGUGGUGGCCCCCGUCUUGUCUUAUGUCUAAUCUUUACUUUUGUUUUAGUUUUAUUUAAUAAUUUGAGAAAUGUGAUGGAUGAUGACUAAUGAGGUGUGUGAUCGUUUAAAAGUAGAAAUGGCUUCUUGUUGUUUUUGUUGUUGUUGUAUUGCUUUAGCUUCCACGCGUAUCUUCCAUUUGGGAACACAAGUGUUAACGCUAUUGUUUCAAUCGCUUUCUAAUGCUAUAUGACAUGACUGAAUAAUUAGUCCU